AUGAGUGCCAUCGCUCCUAUCCAAUUCCCUGGCCAGCCCCCUACCGAUGACGGCCGCGGCGGAUUCCCCCUCCAACAGAUGCCCCAAGAGCUCAUCUUGGAAAUUCUGCGCCAGAUGGACAACAACAACAUCUCUCUCGUCCCGAUCUCGAACACUGGCCGACUCAUGAGAAACCUCAGCAUUCCCAUCAUCUUCCGAGUUGCCCAGAUAAGCUGCGCCGAAGAUGCCUUCGCCGAUCAUGUGAUGAGGGUGUUUCGGAACAAACUCAUCGUUCGUUCCAUACAAGUACUCAGCAUCUACACAGAAGGUCCGCCAACCUCACGAACCCCCGGCCGCUUUGUUCGGAUCCAAGGCCCCGUGGCCUCCUGCAGACCGUCAACUCCGACGGACCUCAUGUUCCUCAUCGGCAAAUUGUAUAAUCUUCGGGAACUCCGGUUGGACUUUCGAUUCAAGGCAACGGUGUCUCUCAUCAGACCGCUGUCUCGGAUCAUGGAUUCACCUCAGUGGGAUCUCUCAUUGGUCACUGCGUUGUCUUUCCCCGUCACGACAGACAUCGGCUUCAUCGUGACUGGCUUUCCGAAUCUUAGAGCUUUCAGCUUUGAGGCGCCUUUGAACAGACCACUGUCCUCGAUCGAUGGUCUGAGCGACCUUGCAAACAUACUUGGACCCCAGCUUGCAUAUAUCCAGAUCUGCAAAAUGCGAUGGGACGCCAGUGACUUCCAAGAGGUCCAAGCAAUAUUCCCCCAUACAUCUCGCUUGACGAUGGGUGGAACUAUGGCCUUUGGAGGUUCUCCGGCACGGGCGAGAUGGGAUCUGCAGGUAACAACUGGACACCUGACGCCUAUGACCAACCUCAAGGUCCUUGCGCUCAGUGAUGAGCGAUGCCAGACUUCCUCACCUCUGGAUGCGAUCUUGCCGGUUCACUAUCAGGCCUCGACGAUGGCCAAAAAGCUACUCCCCGCCAUCGGUUUCCAUGAUGCUAGAUCCCGGAGGUACGACCAGGCUUGGAGAGUCUGGCAGAACAUUCCCAACUUGGAAGAAACCACUCCUACGAUGGAUAUUUCCAGAGGUAGCGGCUAUACCGCAUUCAAAGCGGUCGUUCCCACUCCCUCCCCGAGCGCCAGCCUCAUGACCUUGCCUCUAGAGCUGAUCAUCGAGAUCAUCGAAUUUUCCAAGCUUUCUAAAAGUCGAAGAGGCGUCUACUUUGAAGAUCGGAACAGCCUCAGAGCAAUGUCACGGGUCUGCAAGCUCUUCCGCGUUUUCACCAUCUCUGGCCUCUUCAAGACUGUUUGUCGAACGGUGGAUGAAGACGAGAUCCACGCCCAACUCCAAGCCAUCGAGGGAAACGCGUUGAUUCUGGGUUCCAUACGCCACCUGUCUCUUUGCACCCAAGGCCCCGAGUGGCCUCCCACGAAGUGGCGGAAUGACUACGACCCAUCAAUUAUUCCAUGUUCAAGAGCAGCAGCAGCACUUCUCGUCAAGAUUUUACGCAAGACCACCCCGGAAGAAGUUAACCUUACCUUCAAAUGUGGAAAUAAGUCCAUGGUCGCCUUCUUCCGGGCAGAGCUUGACAAGCAGAAAGCAUGCCUGCAAUCCGUCCGAGUCUUGACAUACCCUUCAUCGAUCACCACCAGCUUCAUCCCUCAGACAUUUCCAAACCUGCGUUGCCUGAGUCUGGAAAUCAACGGCUCGCCUAUGCACACGGCCGGCCUCAGACUUAUCGCCCCAAAGUUGAAAAGUCUUACAACGCUUGAGCUCUACAAGGCGCAUUGGAGAUGUGAUGAUCUCGAGGAAGUCGUGACGCUCUUUCCAUCUAUCAAGUACCUGCUCAUUGAUGGCGAGCUGAAGUCCACUAGAGUCUCGGUAAGUUCGUGA